GAAAAGCGCAAGUGAACUGUGCGUGAGUGAGUGCGGCGCGGCGCGGCUGUGACCGCGGUGCCACUGUGGCAGCCGAUGCGACGCGUUUGGCAACUCAACGGCUCGACGCCCGAUUGGUCGGCGGGCGGGUUCUGGUGGAGGUGACGUCACCGGCCGAGAAGGCUCGCCCGCGGGGACGCAGCGAGACGAAACAGAAGGCGCUCAGAGGGGGAAAUUAGUACCGCAGUGACUUAAAUAGCCCGUUUUUUUUUGUUGCUGUAAACUCGGUGACGGCAAGUCGAGUCUUUGUCCAACCCGCGUGCAUCGCCACAGCCCCUAAAUGGCUCUUCUUUAAUGUGUGGUUUAGCUGUCACUCACCGCUGUGGACAACGCCAAGCCUCGGUGUGUUGUUAAAGGCUGUCAUCACACUCGGCCACAGAAGACCCGUCAGACCAUGAACUACGUGGGCCAGUUGGCCGGGCAGGUGUUCGUCCAGGUCAAAGAGCUGUACCGAGGCCUCAAUCCCGCCACCCUCUCUGGCUGCAUCGACGUCAUCGUGGUGAGGCAGCCCGACGGCUCUCUGCACUGCUCGCCUUUCCACGUUCGCUUCGGCAAGAUGGGAGUCCUCCGGUCCCGAGAGAAAGUGGUGGACAUGGAGAUCAACGGAGAGCCAGUGGAUCUACACAUGAAGCUCGGGGACAACGGAGAAGCCUUCUUUGUGCAAGAAACGGAAAACGAUAAGGAAGUGGUUCCCUCCUACCUGGCCACCUCUCCGAUCUUGUCGGACGGCCCCUCCCUACAGACCCUGGGCUCUGCGGGCUGCACGGGAGACACUGCCAGUGGGACGACGACGACGAAGAAGAGGAGGAAGAGGAGAAGGAAGGUCCGGGCGGACAGCGUGAGGAGGGGGGAGAGCGGCGACGACUCCGAGGACGAGGACAUGUUCACCAUAGACAUCAGCUCAGACGAGAUGACGGCAGCGUUGGAGAGCAACAGGAUGCGAGACGUCCCGAGAGACGAGGCGGCGGCCGGUCCUUUCAAACAGAGCGGCCUUCACACCCGUUCGGAUGGAGACUGGAGCCCAAUGCAGAGCCCCGGAAACUCCCGGCCCACCUCUCCCAAGAGCGACUCCGAGCUCAUGACCAAGCCGUCGGACGCGGCCAAUCGGAAUCCAGCCAUGCUCUGGGCCUGGGGGGAGCUGCCCCACGCUGCCACGCCGUCCUUCCUCCCAGUGAAGCCCCUCCCUCCACCAGUUUUCCCAGUAUCCAUCCCUGUGUCCGAAAGCACGCACUUCCGCGUGAUAACGCACGAGUCGCCCUCGGAGCGGCCAGGGCCCUGCUCGCAAAUGUCCCCGCUCGGGCUGCUGAUGCCGGAGGAGGCGGCGCUGGGGACGGAGACGGAGGCAGCCGGCGGUGCGGCGGCGUGCGCGACGUCUUACGCGGAGGACACCAUGUCCCGUCCCCCGGGCAAGACGGACUCUCCGUCCAAGAGACAAGACAGGAGGAGUCGCCAUCUUGGCUCUGAUGGAAUUUACCUGGACGACAUCACCGAGCUGGAGCCGGAGGUGGCCGCCCUUUAUUUCCCAAAGAGCGACGGCGGCGGCUCGGCGGCGGCGGCCAGGAGCGCCUCGGAACCGGGCCUCCGCAGCGCCAGCCUGUCCCCGCAGUCGCUCGGCUCCGGGGGAGACAGCGGAGUGGACAGCUACUGCGACCACAUGGCCGACGCGCCCACCAUCGCCAUCUCUCUUUGCGGCGGUCUCCAUGACAACAGGGAGAUCACUGAAGAGCGGUUCCACGAGAAGCUCAUCUCCUACCGGCAGUUUUCGGAAAGCCCCUCCCUCAUCGACGACCCCAACUUGGUCGUGAGGAUUGGCUCCAAACACUAUAACUGGAGCUCUGCGGCGCCCCUCAUGCUGGCCCUGCAAGCCUUUCAGAAACCGCUGCCAAAGUCCUUCUGCCUCAGUUAUAUUCACUCUGCCGUAGAGUUUCUCCUCUGUUGCCUCAGCGGUGUGCUGGGCUGCAGCUCUGCCGCAGUGGAGAACAUCAUGAAGGAGAAGAUGCCCAAGAAGGGAGGGAGGUGGUGGUUCUCCUGGCGAGGCAGAAACAGCAGCACCAAAUCGGAUUCCGUCUCUGAGCGCGGGGCCGGCGCUUACGGCGAGCAGGACGGGACCAUGGCGAGCAGGCACAAAGAGGAGUCGUCCUCCAGCGACGAAGACCACGGGGCGGCCAUGCACGACUCUCCCACCGUCCAACCAGAGCCCGGCCUCACACUAGGAGGCGUGUCGUAUAAGAAAACACUCCGACUCACAUCAGAGCAGCUGCUUUCUCUCCAGCUGCGGGAUGGUCCUAACGACGUUGUGUUUAGUGUGACCACCCAGUACCAGGGAACCUGUCGCUGUCAGGGCACCAUCUACCUCUGGAACUGGGACGACAAGAUCAUCAUCUCUGACAUAGAUGGAACCAUCACCAGGUCAGACACGUUGGGUCAUAUCCUGCCCACGCUGGGGAAAGACUGGACCCACCAGGGCAUUGCACACCUCUACCACAAAGUCAGCCUGAACGGCUACAAGUUCCUGUACUGUUCGGCGCGAGCCAUCGGCAUGGCCGACAUGACCAGAGGUUACCUGCACUGGGUCAACGAGAGGGGCACCAUGCUCCCCAUAGGCCCCGUCCUCCUGAGCCCCAGCAGCCUCUUCUCGGCCCUGCACAGGGAGGUGAUUGAGAAGAAGCCAGAGAAGUUCAAGGUGGAGUGUCUCAACGAUAUAAAGAACCUGUUCCACCCGAACACGCAGCCGUUCUACGCAGCGUUUGGCAACAGGCCGACGGAUGUUUAUUCCUACAAAGAAGUUGGCGUGCCACUGAACAGGAUUUUCACCGUCAACCCUAAAGGCGAGCUGGUGCAGGAGCACGCCAAGACCAACAUCUCGUCUUACGUCCGUCUGGGUGAGGUGGUGGACCACGUGUUUCCCCUGAAGGUGCGAGCCUCGUCCUCAGACUUCCCGUGCGCGGACACCUACAGCCACUUCACCUACUGGAGGCAGCAGCUCCCCCGGGUGGAGCGCCAGGGUACUACCCCCCCACAGACUCCCCGCCCCGGCAGCUGACAGCUUUCGGAUGAGGGUGUGAUGAUGAUGGCGACGACGUGUGUGUGAAAGGGUUUUGUCUCUUUGUUGUGGAAGAAGACGCAGCAGUUUGAGUGCACAGCAGAUUGGUUAAUCUGCGGUGAAUAUUUAUGAUGCACAAGCAGGAUGCAGGAGCACUUUUAUGAAAAGAUUGCCUUAUGAAUAUCCAUACGAUAAAUACAAUAAUUUAUUCAAGCAGCUUAGCACAUGUAUUAUUUUUGAGUGAGUGGUGACGUUAUUUCAGUAGCUAGACUUUUAAAGCUAUUUAUGCAGUCAGUUGCGUACUGUAUUCCUCAAACGGUCCUAUUAGUGCAAUAUAGAAAUUAUACCCACGUUAAACUUUUUCAGUCAAGACUGUUACAGUUCCUCAAUCAGCGUGUGUUGAGAACAACACACCUGAAAGGUGUUAUUUGGUCAGUUUUAAUUACAAAGUGUGUAAUUACACACAUAUUUAAUGAUUAGACGUCAGUGUAGUUUGAAAUUCUUCUGAUAAAGGGUUGAUUAUUUUUUAAUGCAUAUUUAUUGUUGAGGGAAAGUGCGGACAGGAGAAGAGAAGAGCACAACAUUUUUAAUAACCUUUAGUUUUCUCUUAAGAAAGUUUUAUUUUUCUAUUGAAAUGACACGGUGUAUAUGAUGCAAUCACAAAGGGGUGCUCAGCUCUCUGAGAUGUAUAUGGGGAUUUGCCAUUAGAUAAAUGUAAUUAAUUAUUCUGUUCCAUACAAGGGAAAUGUAGCUCACACUAUACUUCGCCUAUUGAUUUGCCUAUUGAUCACUCUCUCAAAACCCCCAGACAGCUUAGUUAGACAAGUGAUCUUUCUAUCGUACAACACCACAGAUAAUUGAGGCCAUGUGCAGUAUAAGAGCAGCAGCUGCUGUCCACCAUCAUCAUACUGAGUAAGCGUGUUAUGGAAGAGGAUGUGCAUAUAAUGCUUUAGGAUUCUUUCCAUGAAAGAGCUCAAUAGCCUUUAAACGUAAAACUUUGCCUUUUGGUGAUUAUUCCCUCCACUCCAUCUCCUGACCAGUUCACUGUUAUUUAUGUAUGCAAAGUCAAUAAAAAUGCCUUGAACAGUU